GGAUUUCAAGCCAGAUGCGGGAGGGGUGGGGCUUGAGAUUGGAGCUGGCCAGGAAGUCGAGUGGGGACUUCCAGGUCGGGGUUAGGACGACAUCUGGGUCUGGGGGAGGUCUUGAUGGUGGAGCUGAAGCUAAAAAGUAGCUCUGCAGCUGGGAACUGGGCUGGGGCUCAGGCUCUAGGGCAGACAUUCUCGCCACCUGUCCAGGUCUGUGAGAAUUGAGUUCCAGCCCUCACUGCGGCCGACAGAAGCCCCUCCCUUCCUAGGAAUGUCUCGGCCCAGCCCGAGGAGCAGCAGCGCCACGUCAGCCAAUCGGCUCAAGCCCUGCCCUAGACACAACACCUGUUAAUCCCCCCCCCUCCCUCCAGGCUCACCUGAGUGCAGGUUGGGUAGGUAGGUGAAGCGUCUCCCCGGAAACGGAGCUAAAGUGCCCCACCUGUCCAGCCCAGUCUUCUCAAAUCGGAUCCAGCACUUCUAGGCUUUUCAGCCUAUCCUGGACUGCUAGGGCCCUGUUCUGACCAACCCACAAACAGGCACCUUAAGUGAACCAAAAGGCCCAGCUUACUUCUGUCUACUGCAGAAGCAAGCUGGCUCCUUGAAGGCAGAGCCCAAACCUGCUUUAUGUGGGAGCAGUGAACCAGUGGUGACAGCUGAGGCCAUGUGAGUCUGAUCCUGAAUGAGGCUUUAUCUCUGGCUGUUCAUCUCAUCAUCCACUGCGGCACCAGCUCCUGCGGGGCCAGCCGGGAUGGGACAGGCGACUGAGGAAGCCAGAGCCAGAAAGGUGAUAGUAGCCACAGCCUGGACUGAGCAAGGAACAAGACCUGGGGCCUGUCCCUGCAAAGCAGGCGGUGGGGGCACCCAGCCAUGAACUGUACCCUCUGACGACCCACACUGCCUCUUCCUGACCGAGCAUGUCAGAACAAGCUCAAGCCCCGAUGGGCCAAGGCCUGCCCCCCGAUGUGCUGGCCGAACAGGUGGAGCUGUGGUGGUCCCAGAACCCCCGGCGCUCACUGCUCUGCUUCUCUGUGGCCGUGGGACUUGUGGCUGGCUGUGGGGCUGGCGGGGUGGCUCUGCUGUCCUCCACCAGCAGCCGCUCUGGAGAAUGGCGCCUAGCAGUGGGCACUGUGCUCUGCCUCCUGGCCCUGCUGGUUCUGGUAAAGCAGCUGAUGAGCUCGGCCAUACAGGACAUGAACUGCAUACGCCAGGCCCACCAUGUGGCCCUGCUUCGCAGUGGGGGAGGGGCCGAUGCUCUUGUGGUACUGCUCAGUGGCCUCGUGCUGCUUGUCACUGGCUUGACUCUGGCUGGACUGGCUGCUGCUCCUGCCCCGGCUCGGCCACUGGCUGCCAUGUUGUCGGUGGGCAUUGCCCUGGCUGCCCUGGGCUCCCUCUUGCUGCUGGGUCUGCUGCUGUACCAGGUCAGUGUGAGUGGACACUGCCCCUCCCUCUGUGCAGAGGACUCCUCUACCCACACUGGCCACAGAGGCCAGAGCAGCAUCUUCAGCAUCUCAGGACGGCUAUCCUCUGGCCAGCGACAUGAGACCACCUCUAGCAUUGCCAGCCUCAUCUGACGAAGACAGAGCCCUCCCCCUUCCCAUAACCUGCCUCGGUGUCUCCAGAACCACACCAGGUCACACCUGGCACAUGCAUAUGUGCGUGCAUGUGUGUGACAGGCACACAGCAUUGCAUGCUGUGUGGCUAGGAAGCCAUCUGUGUACCCAUACCAUCACACCAGCCAAGGUUAAUGUGUCUUCUUGGAACUGUGGGCUUGUGUCUGCGGACUGUCAUUCCACCUGUCUGGGGCCUAUCAUAAAUUCCUGAAGAUUCCUGAGCCUUAUUUCCAACAUCCCUAAACUUCAGCCUUGACCCAUACCACCAUCAGAGAUUUCCACUGGAAUGGCUGUUGUCCACCUAGAACCGUGCCAGGGAUGGUUCACUGGGGCUGGUGACUGGAGGCAAAGCUAAAGGAACAUAGGCUCCAGAAGGAGCUAGGCCUAAAUUGGAAUUCCCCUCCAGAGCCUACAGCUGGGAUCUCAGGCAAGUGACUUAGCCUCCGUGGCUUCAUCGUUGAUUAUGAGGAUUGUCAUCAUGAAUGGAGGGACUGGGCUCCUGAAAGAUGUGCAAUAAAAUGAUAGCUGCUAA